ACUGUGAGUAUCGUCGGCUACAGAAGACUAUUUCAGUCGCCAGUCAUAACUCAUACCGUUCUUGUCAGCAACGAUUUGACUUUUCUAUUUUUAUCAGUCAUUUUCUAAUUCGUAAAUUGUUAUUUAUAUUUUUGCAUAAGAAUUUGAAUUUAACUGAGUCUCAAGAAAAACAUUUAGUCAUAAAAGGAUGAGGGUUAACGCAGAAAAAAUUCCUCUCGAAACGGAUCAAGGAAUCAUAGAGAGCGAAGAAAGAAGAUGGGGUCUACCUUUGCGAGAAGUAUAUAAACACGGACUGUCUUUUUACAAAGAUAAAGAUGGAAAGGCUAUGCACUUGAGUUAUGAAGACAAGCUGAAGCUAGUAGCAUAUACACAGCAAACAGCUCAUGGUCCAUUGGAUGUUACCUCUGCUUCACCAUUAGGAGUCCUAGAUGUCAUUGGAAGAGAUAGAAGAGCGGCAUGGCAAAACCUAGGCCAAAUGUCUCAAAUUCAAGCUAUGACAGGCUUUGUACACACUCUGGAUAGAUUGUGCCCAUUAUUUAGACCUUACUUGGAAGCAAUUCAAAAAGAUAUGGAAGCAAAAAAACAGGAGGAGAUAAAUAAAGAAAGAGAAGAAAAAAGCCACAAAGAUUUGGAAAACAGAAUUAUUCUGGAAAAAGAAAAACAACAGUGCAACAAAUUAACUGAAGACCAACAAGUGCAAAGAAUAAAAGAUGCACUCAAUGUACAGUCUUAUGAUCAGUUUUUGGAGUAUGCUCGACAGCAGUUUCCUGGCAACUUUGACCAACAAGCUGUACUAAUACGUCAGCUGCAGGAUCAACAUUACCAGCAAUAUAUUCAACAGCUUGCUGUUGAUGAGAGAUUAGCAAAGUCAAAUAUUUCUUGUCUUGAGGACAAAGAAAAUAUUGAAGUGACAAAGGAUUGUAAUUCAAAUGAUACAGAGAAUGUUGUUGAUAGCAAAGCAAUGCAAACAACAGAAAAACCUGAAAUAAGUGAUUAUAAUGAUGAGUCAAGGGAGGAUGAGGGUGAAUCGGAAAUUGAUGAUGGCUUACCAGCAGUUGAAGAGGCUCGUAUGUGGACUCGUAGUGAAGUUGAUGAGUUCAAAGAAUCAGCUCGGGCAAAUGGAGGAAUGCUAACAAUAGGGCAUGGGGAGACAGUGACAAUACGAGUCCCAACUCAUUCCAAAGCUCGGUCCAUAUGUUGGGAGUUUGCUACUGACCAUUAUGAUAUAGGCUUUGGUCUUCACUUUGAAUGGAGCAAGUCAAAUACAUCAGAAGUUACUGUACACGUGUCGGAAUCUGAUGAUGAAGACGAAGGCGAUGAUGACGAUGAUGCAGACGAAGAGUAUACAAUUCAAAAUAACUCCGAUCCGGAAGUAGGUUCCGGCAAACGAGUGUCAAACACACCGCGGCCUCUCGUCAGUCUUAUUGUACCUAUAUACAGGCGUGAUUGUCACACUGAGGUGUAUGCAGGAUCUCACACCUACCCUGGCGAAGGCGUUUAUUUACUCAAAUUUGAUAACACAUAUAGUCUAUGGCGGUCAAAAACUCUGUAUUACAAAGUAUAUUACAUACAAUAGAUGUAUAAUGUGUUAUAAACAUAUGUAUAUUUUAAAGAUGAAUUAACUAAGUGUUUGUUAAAGAAAAUUUUGAUUUUACAAAUUAAAACAAUUAUUGACUUAUCCCCACAAUUAAAAUAUGAUAAUUAAUAAAAAAAUAUUAUGUCUCUUGUCAUAUUUUUGUGGUGGAAAUUAUAUUAUAUAUAUAUAUAUAUAUAUAUUUUUUAAGUUUAACAAUUAAUUGUUUCGUCCAUUUUGGGAUUGUAUAUAAACCAUGACAACUAUAAAAAAAUAUUAUAUAUUCCAUUUCGCUAAUGGGUAUAUUAGUAAUUAGAUACUUAGUGAAUUUAUUAAAGAAUAUAUUAUUUAAUCUAAAUACAAUUGUAUGUUUCAAAUUUAUGUUCAGUCAUGAACUUGUUUUAAGCACAAUUAAUAAGUAAAAUAUUUUUUUUUGUUUUAAUUCAAAUUUUAUAUUAUGCUCUACUUGACCUUUAAUAUAUCGUUCAGACGGAUGCACUGUCAAAGUAUUUCUUAAUGUGCAUAAUAUCAGAUUACAGAUUAUAUUAUCUAUGUUUAUGAGAAGACAUUGUAUAUUAUGUUUUUACAUCUAGUCCCAAAAAUAAAUAUCAUAUUAUGCUUAAUAUAUUUAAUUUGAUAAUAUAUUAAAUUUGUUUUCUCAUUUAACGGUACACUGUAAGAUGUAGCUUAAGAAAAAAGAUAGUAUUAAAUUUAAUGCAUUUGUUAAGAUGUUCUAGAAUGUAUAUUUGUUGUGGCGUAGUUCCUCUGUAUUUUGUAAAGGUAUUAUCGUUUAGAAUUUAGCAAUAGUACUUAAAUGUGGUUUAAUAGAGUACUGUCGAAAUCUUUGUUUUUAUGAAAAGGAAAUAUUUACAUAGAAAGUUUUAUUUGGAAUGUAUUAUUAACCUGUCAAACCUGGAUCUAUUCUGAUAUUGUAAUACACAUAAAUUUAAAAAAUAUAUUCUUUAGGAUAUAUUUAUUUAAUAUGAGAAAUGUUACUGGAGUAAAAUACUUGUAUUACAUAUAUUAUUAUUAAACGA